ACGGCCAUUGACACUUUCCAUUUUGCAUCUCCAAGCCCAACUAUUAUUCAAAAAAAAAAACUAAAUGUAACCAAUUAAAAUGUAAGAAGAGCAAGCUCAGUUUUUCAAGAAAGAAAAAACCCGCCUUCUCAAUUUUAAAAGCCCGUCGAAAUAAAAUAGAAAUAUCCUCGAAAGCUCUUUAAUGGCGAAUAAACGAUUCCAAACCCCACUCUGCUGCCGUCGAGGCGGAAUGUCGGCUCUCACCCCAUCAUCAUCAUCAUCACCUGAUAUUCCCUGAUACCAUCUCCCUCCUCUCUAUCUCUCCCCACCCCCCUCCAAAACCCUAACCCUAAUGCCAUGGAUUCCAACCCAGGAACCAUAAACAAACCUCCGAUCUCCCCAAACCCUAACCCUAACUCCUUCCUCGUCGUCGUCCUCCUCUUCGUCUUGAUCCCGGCGGCUGCUUCCUCCGACCUUGAUCUCCACUCCGGCGACCGGGAAGCCCUCCUCAAGCUCAAAUCCCGCUUGAUCGAUCCUAGAGCGAGCUUGGCGAGCUGGAACGGAUCCAUUUGCAGCGACUGGAGCGGAAUCUCCUGCGAUAAUUUCACCGGCCGCGUCGUCGGGAUCAAUCUCAGCGAUUUCGAUCUCUCCGGCUCCAUCAAUCCUGGCUUCUGCAAGCUUCCCCUUCUGGAAACCCUAGUUUUCGCCGGCAAUGGCUUCUCCGGCCCCAUUCCCUCUUGCUUCGGCCGCUUCCGAGCGCUCAAAACCCUGGAUCUUAGCCGGAACAAGCUCGGUGGCCCGCUGCCUCUCGAGCUCGCCAAGCUCCGGCGCCUCGAGGAGCUAUUGCUAGCCGAUAAUCCCAACGUCGGUGGUCUGAUUCCGGAGUGGAUCGGAAACUUUUCCGUUCGGCUGAAGAAGCUCGAUCUUAGAUCGGAUUCGUUUCAGGGAGAGAUUCCUGCGAGCUUGUUUAAGCUCCAAUCUUUGAGAUAUCUCGAUCUUUCGAGCAAUAGAUUGGUUGGGUUUUUGAGGGAGUUCGAUCAGCCACUGGAAUUCCUCAGCCUCUCCGCCAACCAGCUCUCCGGCACCCUCCCCUGUUUCUCGGCGUCGGCGCGAUCUCUUUCCGUUCUCAAUCUCGCCGGCAACGCCAUCGUUGGAGGGUUUCCGACAUGCAUUUCGUCGCUGAGGAUGUUAACCGAGCUGAAUCUCUCGUCUAACGGCUUGGAAUUUAGGAUUUCGCCGAGACUUAUCUUCUCCAAUAAGCUCCUAGUUCUUGAUCUCAGCUCGAACGCGCUUUCCGGCCCGAUUCCGAGCAGAAUCGUGGACGACCCGGACCGGUCGGGGCUGCUGCUGCUGAAUUUGUCGACCAACCGGCUCUCUGGCCAGAUCCCGCCGGAGAUCACCGAGCUGAGGAGCUUGCAAGGCUUGUUUCUGGCCCAGAACCAGCUCGCCGGAGAGAUCCCAGCAGCAAUCGGCAAUUUGACCUACCUCCAAGCUCUUGAUCUCUCUUACAACUCUCUCUCCGGUCCGAUUCCCGUCAGUCUCGCCGGAUGCUUCCAACUCUGGCACCUCAAGCUGGACCACAACAACCUCUCCGGCGCCCUCCGGCCGGAGCUGGACGCUCUGGACAGCCUCAGGAUUCUGGAUGUUUCCGCGAACCGGAUCUCCGGCGAGAUCCCACUCCCCUUGGCCGGAUGCAAGUCCCUCGAGGUUGUGGAUCUCAGCUCCAAUGAGCUCGCUGGCGAGCUCAACGGCGCCAUCCUCAAGUGGCAGAGUCUCCGCUUCCUCUCCCUCGCCCACAAUCUCUUCACUGGGGACCUCCCCGAUUGGAUCUUCUCGUUCCAGUUCCUCCAGUCGCUCGACCUCUCCGGCAACCGCUUCUCCGGCUUCAUACCGGACGGCGACUUCAAUGUGAGUGCGGAGUUCAACAACAUCGAUUCCCAUGAGUUAUUUGAGGACUGUGGGCUCGCCGGAGAGGUUCGUGUUUCAGUGUCGAUGGAUCUCUCCGGGAGCCAGCAGGUGGAGUUCGGAUACGAGCUCCGGUCGGCGGUGGGGAUCGAUUUGUCGGAUAACAAUCUUCGUGGGGAGAUCCCGGAGGGUUUGAUUGGGUUGAGGGGAUUGGAGUAUUUGAAUCUGUCAUACAACUAUCUGGGUGGCCGGAUUCCGGGGAGCUUGGAGAGGAUGGGGAGGCUGAGGCGGCUGGACCUGUCGCACAAUUCGCUGUCGGGGGAGGUGCCGGCGAGCAUCUCCCGGCUGAGGGAAUUGGAGGUGCUGAAUCUGUCCUACAAUUCUUUGUUCGGGCCGGUGCCGACGAAAGGCGGGCUUUGGAGGUUUCCGGGGGCGUUCGCGGGGAACCCGGGUUUGUGCGUGGAGUUCUCCGGGGGCGGGUGCGGGGCGGAGGCGAGCCUGCCGGCGGAGGAGGCGGUGGACGGCGGGGGAGGAGGGGAGGAGGGAUUGAUAUCUGGGGAGGCAUUCUUGAUCAGCGCCGUGGUUGGGUUCUACGCGUCCACGGUGGCUCUGCUUUGCUGCGGGAAGACCAGGGGCUAUCUUUUC